GAAGCUUGUUUACCACGAAAGCUCGAGCUUCUCUUGACAAAAACAAGGGCAGUGACUCCAUGGAGUAGAGCAGUGUGCCUGACUGUCACUCAGCACAGGCUCUGCUGCCAUUUUACAACAACUCUUCUCUUUGCAACUAGUUUUUACCUCGUGUUUUCUUCUUUUCUUUCUUUUAAGCUCGACAGUUUCCUUUAAAGGACGCACAUUAGAGCAUCAUGUUGUUGUCGCCGAGUUGUGCACGUCAGCUCUUUAAAAUGUUCCUCUCGCUGCACGUUGUUUUUCUCAGCGUGGCGACGACGGUGGAGAGCAGCGAUUCUUCUGCACAAGACUGCAUAAAGUCCAGUGGUGUGGACUACAGAGGAGAGCAGCAGAGCGCCUCCUCAGGUCUGACCUGUCAGAACUGGACCAACACAACCAGAGACUAUGAUGUCCUGAUCCAUCCUGACUCACACACUGGUGUCGGAGAUCACAAUUACUGCAGAAACCCAGAUUCCUCUCAGGGGCCCUGGUGCUACAUUGUUGGCCCAGACCAGUCGGUCCAGAGACAGUUCUGUGCAAUUGACGCAUGCAAAGAUGAAGCGUCUCCAUUGCCAGCAGAGACUGAAGUGCUCAAACCGACAAGGACAAGUUCUUCCACGGAGAGCUUCCAGUCUGUCAAGUCAGGAGAGUCUCCUGGAGAUGUGGCUGCCGUGCAGCCUGUGGUGGGGAUCAGCCAGAGAGUGCAGUCAGGAUCCAAAAAGAAGAAGGACCUCGGCACAACCGGCUAUGUCCUCGGCAUACUCAUGAUGGCGGUCAUCAUCAUCCUUGGAGUCGGCAUCACGUUGGGCUACUUCUACAAGAGGGGUCGGGACUUGAAGAAGCAGCACGACCAGCGAGUGCACGAGCGCGAGAUGCAGAGGAUCACACUGCCCCUGUCCGCCUUCUCCAACCCCACGUGCGAGCUGAUCGACGAGAACACCAUCGUCAUCACGGCGGAGCACGACGCCACGCCGGUGCAGGAGGCGGGCGCGGAGGGCGGCGGUGACCCCCUCAUGGGUCAACACAACGGCACCCCCGGAGCAUGAGUUUACAGGACUGCGUUAAACAUGUUUGUGUGGACCAAAAAACACUCCACCAUCUCCACGUCUUUCUCCUUGUUUUUUUGCGUUUUUCCUGAGUAACCUCUGUUUUGCAAAAAAAGGAGAAAAGGAGACGUCUUCACUCCAAAGACUUGAACUGAAUGCUGUGUCCUUUCUGUCCCGCUUUAUAAGAUGCAAGGCACAAAAAAAGAUAAAGGGGAUGCACGGAGGACACCGUCUUAAAGACCAUCAAGGGUAACAAUGUGUGGAUAAUGAAGAAAUUGUCCUUAAUAUUCAUAUUUGUAACACUUGAUGGCCAAGAAUAUAAAAGCCAUGGGCUCCCCCUUUAAGUCUUUAAAUACCAGUAUGUAUAUUGAGUGUAAUGUCCAGUCAGGUGGACGCUGAUGAUGUAAGUGUUAAUGAUAAAAGGUGUUAGAUGUUUUGGGGGGGGGGUUCUCCACAGGUUUGGUUACAUGGUCUUCAUUUGUAUUGAGCCACAGGCACAGACCAAAAAAAAUGUUUGUCCUAAUUUGUCUUUGAGACAAACCAGAGAUGCAGAUUAGUGUUACAAAACUAAGAAAAGGUCCACCUCCUGUGAGACAGGAUGAGGUAAAACAGGCCCACGAGAGACAAAAAAAAAGGCCUUUAACUCAGAAAUUGCCUUAGCAUGAUCCUUCUGAAUGUAUUUUUGUUUUUCUUCUCUAGAUUAUUAUUGUUCUAUAUUUUUCUCUUUAUACUUGACUGACAGGCUGUUAUUAAAAAAAUGAAGCAUGACAGAGGUCACUGAAAGAGAGUUUUGGCUCUUUUCGUCCACAGGUUAAGGAGUGACAGGAAACAGAGUAAGAGACAGUCGUUAGUCCUCAGGACACAAAAAAAAAUCACUGCCAGAAGAUGGGAUAGUUGAGAUCAGACAAAGAAAAAGCCCAUAAAUAUUGUCAUAGCAGAGCGGGACUGUGUGUGUGUAUUUGUAUAUUUGUGAGGACAUUUUGGUCUAGGCCCCACAGCUUUAAUGGGCUUUUUCAGGGUUAGAUUUAGGUUAGGGUUAGGUCAAGGGUUAGUGAAAAGCACUUAGUUGUGAGGGUAAGGGGCAAGGGAAUGCAUUACGUUUAAGAUGUGUCCUCAUUAUGAUAUAAUAACAAGUGUGUGUGUGUGUGUGGAAGCUCUGAAGAAGCCUUGUGUUUAAAUGAGACUCUGACACUGACUUGUGCACUUGAAGCUUCAGGGUGGAGACAGGACUCGAGUGGAGUCACAGAAGUCCAAAAGCUUGGCGACGUUCAUUCAAAAACAUGUUUGCAUGAAUGCAUGAAUGCACAUCCUGUCGCCAGGACAGUCACUCCUUCAAAAAGAAGACGUUUUUAGAGUCACACCUGACUGAAAACAGGAGGUCUGGUUCAGUUAAUCCCUCACUCCUCAUGAUGUUGUUUUUUGUGGAUUGCUGGAUCACUGGAUUGCUGGAUCCAGUGUCUGUCAGUGGUCGUCUUUGCUCACUGCUGCUGCUGCUCAGUGAUGUCAACUGUGUAACAUGAGUAUGUGUGUGCGCUGCCUGUUACUGUGUCAUUCUAUUCUUCAUAUUAUAUGCAACGAUUCACAAUUCAGCGUUUGAUUUAGGACUUGUAACUUGUAUUUGUAUGACUGGAUUUUCACUGCUGAGAAUAAAAUAAAAAACAACAAACACACA